CAGGCGGCGCUCGGCCCGGCGCCCCAGACCCAGUCCGGAUGCUGUGACUGAUACCAUGUCUCUCGACUGGUGCUCUCUCGGUCCGGCCAUCAGUGCAGUGCAGAGCGGGGGAGGAGACAGAGCGUCGAGGACUGUGUAGUGGUCGUGUAGAACUACGGUGGUGUGGUGGUGAUCGAACGCCAGUGUGACGUUUGGACGAUGCCGAACAGUGACGUCUGGGUCGAGUGAGCGCUCAGUGACGGCGAGUGACGGUGUCGGAGCGUGACUGCACGCUGUGACGAAUCUGUGACGGGCCUGGACGCAGUGUUUGUACAGCUGUCAGCGUCUGACCUUGGCGGUUGACAUCUGGAGUACCCGAGACUAGCGUUGCCAGCCGCCGAACCCGCCGCAUUAAUUUGAUGCCCUAUUCUUUCCGCGCCCGUUUACCGUUCCGUGACCUGUGGGACUAAACGGUGACACUAUAAGGAUCCGAUGGAGGGUCAGCACUCCCCUGAGUCGGUGCGUCGCCGGCGGCCGGCGCCUGCCAGCACGGACUCCCACAAGCGCCACAGUCUGAUGCGGCAGGCGUGUAUCAACAGCGCCCGGGCUUCGCUGGAGCUCCGGUCCGACCCGCCGGCCCCGCCUCCGCCGCCGCCGCAGACUUUCUCGCGAGGGAACACCUCCAACAGCAGCUUCGAGCGUUUGCUGAACGGCGGUGCGGUGCCGACGACUGGCCUGCGCCGCUCGAGCUCGCUGCCGCGGCAGCUGAGCGCAUUGGACGGUGGCGCCGCCCGGCGGUCAGUCGGUGGCGCCGCCUACCGGAGUCACUUCCUGCUGCGCGAGGAGCACCGGGCGCUGCUGCGUCCGGCCCAGCAGGCGCUGCAGCGCCACCGCAGCCGUCAGCUGGACUCACUGCUGGACUCUGCCGGCUGGAGACCUGGCCGGGCCAGUGCGGAGACUCCGACUGAGUCCGAGGACGGUAUACAACUGCGGUCCGUUGUCCGGUUUGACGACGAGCCGCGGCCGGUGGCAGAGGGCGGGAGGGCGCGCGGACAGACGGAGGGUCUGUGGUCGCGCGCUAGGCCCAGGUCGAUGGAGGUCACCCUCACGGGGUACCGGUCCAAGUCACUGGACGUGCCGGAUGGAGUGUCACUGAGCAAGAUACCAGGGUGUCAAAUUCUUCUGGAAGUGGGGGAUUGCCAGAUCAGCGAACCCCAGCCACCUCGGACACCAUGGCCCGACCUCAGCUGCGCUCCAAGCCGGCGGCGCAGGGCACGCCGCUGCAGCCGGUCCGGUGGCGGCCCCGGGAGCCGCUGCCGCUGCCCCGUCGGCUCCGACUGCCUGGCUCGUCGGUACUCGGCGUCUGCCGGAUGGUCGACAGCCUGGCUACGGGCUUCUGCUAGAGAGGAGGCAGUCUCGCCACAUGCUCCUGCUAGAUGACUGUAGUCUCACCAAGUCUUCUAGACGGUGCCAGCCGUCACCGGCGUCUACUAGAGGACUAGUCUAUCAAAAGUCUGCUAGACGGCGGCAGUAUCGUCAGAGUUUCUCGUAGCGCCUGUCUCAGCCGCCUUCGGUGAGAGGGUGACAGUCAGGCUGCCCGGGGGAUGCUGUGGUGUGGGCGACGGCCGAAAAAUGACGGCGUUUCUUCAAGACUCCUCGUCAGGUUAAUCAGUGUGAACAGGGUCUGUCAUGUAAGGUAAUGAACGGAGGACGAAAUCCGGAACCGAAUUCAACCAGCCGCUCCAAGAUUGUUUACGACUCUGGCACUCAAACAGCCAUCCGCAAUGUUUGCUAUCAUUUAAAAUAUGGCCCACUCUGCUUUUACUUUACGGAGACAUGGAUACGGGCCGCUGUAUUAUCGCUAUAACAUCGGUGCCCCCUAACCAUUCCUAUCUGACCUGGCCGGAUCCAUCAAUUUGUGCUAACUUUAUCCUUAAGAGGUCACGAGGGCUUGUGUUCUGAGGUGAGGACGUCCAGAGGUUCGGCGAUGGAACCGGCCACGGCAACUGCCGACGAUCUUUAGUGGCUACGGAGUCUAGCAGGUAUGAGAAAUCACACAUAUGAUGAAUGAUAAACAGGGUGCUGAUAUAUAUUGAACGAAUUAUCAUGCCGGUGAGGUGAUUCUCCAGCAAUAGCAACUGAUUCAGGUGUGCCAGUGCCAUUACGUUUGUGGUGAAUGUAAUUAUACAUGAGCGGUGUAUGUUGUGUGCACUAAUCACUAGUCAGAAGUACCUAGUGACAAUACGAUACUAUACGAAUGUGCGUCAACCCACGCGGUCGAUGCCUACUCAUGCCGUUUAUGGUGGUUAUCAUUGGCAUGUGUCACUUAACAUUAAAGUUAAGUGGUUUAUGUAUCGAAGGUAAUACACAAUGUCAUAAGCACAGUUUACAGAUGUGUGCCGAAAUCUAUAUCAACUUGCUUUCAUGUUCUGGUGCAUUGCAAACAGUUGUGUUAUCGUACUUAAGAAUUAUUGCCCACUUGUGAUGUAAUUCAUCCUGUUUUCAUGAACCAUACGCUCAGUAUGUAUGAUUGUGACGUAAACCCACUUCGUUUUCACAUGCGAGUAGGUUUGCGACGUAGUUUUGACUUGUUCACAUCCUUUUGUGUUAUGUUCCGUCACUUGAAACACCUUUAAUGUCAAUACACAUUUCAUGACUAA